AUAGUACAGCUUAGUUUUCUCGGGAGCAAGUGUAUGCGCGAUUUGUCUUGUUUAUCACUCGGCCGAGCGACGUUCGAUGCGGCUUCGCGCGGCUCAUUAAAGGAAGUAGGUUGAGAGCGAGCAUUCGUCAAAGUGAUUCGUCAGUCAAACGGGGCAACGUCACGAAGCCGAGCCGCGGUCCUGAAGUGCAUAUUUACACCGACUCUUUCGCGCUCGCGAAUUUCAGCAUCACUGUCUGAGAUCGAUUUCGAUUUUUUGUAAUUGCACUUUGUUCGCCUUGAACUUAUAUUGACGUCGAUUGAAAUUGUGCUCGCAACUUCAACGCCUGAAAAAUAUUAUUUGAGAAAAGAUAGUGUUUAUCCACUCUUAAUUCCUUCAAUGACUUAAAAGAAACCAAAGAUGGAUUCGAAAAAGUUGAAAAUGAACAGUGGGCGAGAGAGCGGAGACAGUGCUGAAGAAGAUUGCAGCGUUAAUGGAGAUUCCUACCAGCGCUACAAUAUCAGCAAUGUCCUCGUCUUUUACGUAAACGGCAAAGAGGUGGUAGACGACGAUAUUGAUCCCGCAUGGACGCUACUUUACUACCUUCGUAAUAAAUUGGGUUUGGUUGGUACGAAACUUGGCUGUGCCGAAGGAGGGUGUGGAGCAUGCACUGUGAUGAUUUCCAAGUACGAUCGAAAACUGGAAAAAAUUGUUCAUGUGGCAGCAAAUGCAUGUCUAACUCCUGUAUGUGCCAUGCACGGAAUGGCUGUAACUACUGUAGAAGGCAUCGGUAGUACCAGAACUAGGCUUCACCCAGUGCAAGAACGUAUAGCUAAAGCUCACGGCUCACAAUGUGGAUUCUGUACACCUGGUAUUGUCAUGUCUAUGUAUUCUUUAUUGAGAACUAAGCCAUUGCCAACGAUGGAAGAUAUGGAAGUUGCAUUCCAAGGUAACUUAUGCAGGUGCACAGGGUAUAGGCCUAUCAUCGAAGGUUUCAAGACUUUCACAGAAGCAUGGGAACAAUCUCAAAGGUUUGCAGAGAUGAAGAAAGACGAAAAGAAAGUUUGCGCGAUGGGAGACGCUUGUUGCAAAAAGGCAUUCACGUCUGAGCCAACUGAAAUUUUCAGUUCUAAAGAAUUUUUGCCAUACGAUCCCACGCAGGAACCAAUAUUCCCUCCUAAGUUGCAGCUUUCAGCAGAGUAUGACGAACAGUAUUUAAUUCUCAAGGGAACAGAAAUAACGUGGUACAGACCAACAUGCUUGCGAGACAUUUUAACGCUGAAGCAGCAGUAUCCAAAAGCAAAAAUAGUUGUAGGAAAUACCGAAAUUGGAGUGGAAGUAAAGUUCAAGCAUUUCGUUUAUCCCGUACUCAUUUUACCUAAUCAGGUCAAAGAAAUGCGGGAAAUCACUGAAUUAGAUGAUGCGAUAAAAAUUGGAGCCAGUACAACUUUAGUCGAAAUGGAGGAUGCCUUCAAAAACCAAAUGAAAAUAAAGCCCGAAUACAAGACUAGAAUAUUCAAAGGCGCAGUCGAGAUUUUACAUUGGUUUGCUGGAAAACAAAUUAGGAACGUUGCCGCCAUCGGAGGCAAUAUUAUGACCGGAAGUCCUAUAUCUGAUAUGAAUCCAGUAUUAAUGGCUGCAGGUAUAAAGUUGAACCUCUGCAGUCUUGAAAGAGGUUACAGAAGUGUUACAAUGGAUCACACAUUUUUCACUGGCUACAGGCGUAAUAUUGUCGCCCAGGAUGAGAUUUUAGUGUCUAUCGAAGUUCCAUUUACACUUCCAAAUCAAUAUUUUGUUGCAUACAAACAAGCAAAAAGGCGAGACGAUGACAUCGCAAUUGUAAAUUUAGCGCUCAAUGUUUUCUUCGAGCCUGGAACGAGUGUAAUUCAAAAGGCUUUCAUGGCAUUCGGUGGUAUGGCACCGACAACCGUUUUGGCGAAAAAAACCUGCGAAGCUAUAGUUGGAAGAAAAUGGAACUCAGAACUUGUGGAAUCUGUCACGAACUUGCUCAUUGAAGAGCUUCCGUUGUCUGGUGAUGCUCCAGGUGGAAUGAUUUUAUAUAGGAGAUCUCUAACCAUUAGUUUAUUCUUCAAGGGAUUUGUGUACAUAACAAAGCAGCUACGAGAAAAUGUGCCUGAUGUAGAACCAUUACCGAAAGAGCUCGAAUCAGCAGGUGAAGGUUUCCACUAUGUACCGCCAAAAAGCUCACAAUAUUACCAAGUCGUCCCGUCAGAAUUGAACUCAACAGAUCUAGUCGGUAAGCCAAUCGUCCACGUUAGUGCCAUGAAGCAGGCAGCUGGAGAAGCAGUCUACCUGGACGAUAUGCCAAAAAUCGUUGGAGAGCUUUACUUGGCAUUCGUGCUUUCGACUAGAGCAUACGCCAAAAUUUUGAAAAUCGAUCCAUCCCAAGCACUUAGUGUCAAGGGAGUCGUCGCGUAUUACGACGCGAAUGAUAUACCAGAUCACAACAGAUACGUCGGUCCAGUUUUACACGACGAAGAAGUGUUUGUCUCCAAAGAGGUAACGAGUCAAGGUCAGAUUAUUGGAGCAGUUGUAGCAAACGAUCAAUUAACUGCGCAGAAAGCGGCGAGAAUGGUAAAAGUGGAAUACGAGGAUCUCCAACCCGUUAUAAUAUCUAUUGAGGACGCAAUUAGAGAAAAAUCGUUUUUCGCGGGCAGCGGAAAAAGCAUAGUCCGCGGAGACGUGGACAAAGCUUUCGCGGAAUGCGACCACGUAAUCGAGGGCGAAGCGAGAAUGGGUGGUCAAGAGCACUUCUAUCUGGAGACACACUGCUCCUUUGCGAUUCCCAGGGAGGAAGACGAGAUAGAGAUUUUCUGCUCGACGCAGCAUCCCUCGGAAAUUCAAAAGCUCGUCGCUCACGCGCUUGGCGUUCAGAUCAACAGGAUUAACGUCCGUGUCAAGAGACUUGGCGGCGGAUUCGGUGGGAAGGAAUCUCGAGGACAACUUGUCGCUCUACCCGUAGCCUUCGCAGCUCACAGGUUGAGAAAACCGGUUAGGUGUAUGCUGGACAGGGACGAAGAUAUGAUGAUAACUGGCACGAGGCAUCCUUUUCUGUAUAAGUACAAAGUAGGAUUCAACAAUGACGGAUUACUUCAGGCUAUAGAAAUCCAUAUUUACAACAAUGCUGGGUAUUCCUUAGAUCUUUCUAUGUCUGUUCUGGAACGUGCCAUGUUCCACUUUGAAAACGCAUACAAAGUACCCAAUGCCAGAGUUUACGGCUACGCUUGCAAAACUAAUUUACCGUCUAAUACCGCUUUCCGAGGAUUUGGUGGACCCCAGGGUAUGUUUGCUGCUGAGCAGAUGAUUAGACAUGUAGCGGAUUACUUAGGCCGAGACGUUGUCGAGAUUUCCGAAAUGAAUCUGUACAAAGAAGGUGACACGACUCACUAUCAUCAGAAACUGGAGAACUGCACAUUGAAGAGAUGUUGGGACGAAUGCCUUGCUCUAUCAAACUACAAAGAACGCAUAGAAGACGUGAAGAAAUUCAAUAAGCAACAUAGGUAUAGAAAACGCGGAUUCGCCGUUGUACCAACGAAAUUUGGUAUUGCUUUCACAGCAUUAUUCUUAAAUCAAGGUGGAGCACUUGUGCACAUAUACACUGAUGGCUCUGUACUUCUUAGUCAUGGUGGUACUGAAAUGGGUCAAGGAUUGCACACAAAAAUGAUUCAGGUGGCUAGCCGAGUAUUGAAAGUAAAACCAGAAAAGAUACACAUUGCUGAAACAGCAACAGAUAAAGUUCCCAACACAUCAGCCACUGCAGCUAGUGCAGGAUCUGAUUUGAAUGGAAUGGCUGUUCUGAAUGCUUGCAAAGAAAUCAUGAGUAGAAUUCAGUACAUCAUUGAUGCAAAUCCUGAGGGUACCUGGGAAGACUGGAUAAAAACGGCCUACUUUGAUAGGGUCAGUCUCUCUGCUACUGGAUUUUACAGAACUCCUGGAAUAGGAUACAAUUUUGCAAACAAUACAGGAACGCCUUUCAAUUAUUACACAUAUGGUGCUUCAUGUGCUGAAGUUGAAAUUGACUGUCUUACUGGAGAUCAUCAAGUUCUGAGAUCAGAUAUUGUAAUGGAUCUUGGAGAAAGUUUGAAUCCAGCAAUAGAUAUUGGUCAAGUGGAAGGAGGGUUCAUUCAAGGCCAGGGUCUGUUUACAAUGGAAGAAAUGAUUUACUCUCCAACUGGUACUAUUUUCAGUCGAGGUCCAGGAGUUUAUAAAAUUCCUGGAUUUGCAGACAUACCUCUAGAAUUUAAUGUCUCAUUGCUUAAGGGUGCAACCAACCCCCGAGCAGUUUACUCAUCAAAGGCUGUGGGAGAACCACCACUAUUUUUAGCAUCUUCUAUAUUCUUUGCUAUCAAAGAAGCAAUCAAAGCAUCUCGUGAAGAGAUGGGUAUUCGUGGAUAUUUUAGACUCGAUUCUCCAGCAACUUCUGCUCGAAUUCGAAUGGCUUGUGUGGAUCCUUUGACGAAAAAGAUUGGAGAUGGAGAUGGAAAGAAAGCUUGGAAUGUAAUUCCAUAAAAAGUUGUGAUUACUUAUUAUUAAACUUAAAGAAUAGUUUUAUUAUUUAUUAGGAUAACAGAAAUUCAAGUAUAAAUAUGUAUCUAUAUGUUUUAUAAACGCCUUUAUAUUAUAUCAAGUAUUUGUUAUUAAUUUUCUAUGUAUAUAAAGUAUUUACAGUCUUUUUUAUAAAUAUAAAUUGUAAAUUUAUCUAUAUAUACUUUUAAUACACGACUAUGAACAUCACCUUA